AUGGAGAAAUUAAAUCAAAUUCUGAAUAACUUCAUGGCAGAUGGAGACAGCACCAAGGACAAGGUUCUUGGCGCGUCGUUCAUUGUAACCGAUAAGAAUAAGAUCUUGUAUGAAGGAGUGGCUGGCCGAAUAGGCAACGCUGUAGACUCGCCAUCAUUCAGUUCGGAAUCUUCCGGCUGGAUUGCCUCGAUGACCAAAAUCGUCACCGCUACGAGUCUGAUGCAACUCUUUGAGAGGGGAUUGAUACAUCUGGAUGACGAUGCCCGGUCGUUGGUUCCUGAGCUGGCCAACGUGCAGAUUCUUCGAGGAUUCAAUGACGAAGACAAGCCCGUUCUGGAGAACAACACCGACCCGAUCACACUUCGGCAACUCCUAUGCCACACGAGCGGAAUGGGCUACGACGCCAUUGACGCAGAUCUUCAGAAAUGGUCGUCCGCCACGGGACGGACUGCGGGUACACUGGACCAGACACGCGAGGGAUGGAAUACACCACUGAAAUUCCGACCUGGUGAGUCUUGGCAAUAUGGCAGUAGCUUGGACUGGGCGGGUCAAGUGCUUGAGAAAAUCACCGGCCAAAGCCUCGGGGAGUACAUGUCGGAAAACAUUUUCAAGCCGCUGGGCAUGACCGAUACAACUUUUCGUCGUCAAAAGAUUGCAGAGAAAGUCUCCGGCCGCAUCAUUGAGAGUACCUACAGAAUUCCAGACGGGACGCUCAUUCCGGGCCCUCUUCCAGUGUCGGAGGAUCCUCCACUUGACGGUGGUGGCGCGGGACUCUUCUCAACAGCCCAGGACUAUAUCAAAUUCCUGCAGGCUGUUGUUGCAGCUGGCGAGGGCCAGGGUACUCUUCUGCGCAAGGAAACCGUCGAUGAGAUGUUUCGACCACAGCUCAGUAAAGCUCAACGGCAGAAACUGCAGACAUUUCUGAAGGAUGCCAUGCCAUUUCCUCCCGAUACGCCAAUGGACCACGGAAUCAGCGGUGCCAUCAACACGGCUGAUCUGGAGGGGAAACGAAAAAAGGGGACAUUGACUUGGGGUGGAAUGAGCAACGGUCAAUGGUGGAUCGAUCGCGAAAUUGGGAUAGCUGCUGUGCUCUUCGUUAGCCUCCUUCCCCCGUAUGACGAGUCUGUCAAGAGGUUGUAUGAUGAGCUAGAGAGGGUCGUGUAUGGAGAUCUACUUCCUCGCUCCUAA